AUGUUGGAUUCGCUCAACAAUCAGAAAGACAACAAAAAAGCUUUCUUCAAUGGGCGGCAUCGCGAUUGGCGAUGUAUCGUCGAACGCAAAACCUGCAUAGCAGACAUGAUUCAUGCGGAGGGUCCUGGGCUGAAUGACCCGUCUACUAUUGGAAUGAGGGCAUGUGUUUCUUCAAUGGAAUGUAAGAAUAAGAAAGGUCACUGGCGAUUGAAGUGA